AAGUGUUUUAGGAAUUUUAUCAUUAAUUUUCAGAAACCGUCCUUAUGCAACUGGAUAGUAUGUAAAGAGGAUGACAUAUAGGUUAGUUGGAUUUAGGUAUCAGGAUUCAAGGGAAAUUAUUUGAUAGACUCAAACUGUAACUUGCCAUUUUCCUUCUGCUGAUCUCAGAUCACAAAUUAUGGUCCUGUUGAAGGAGCAGCACAUGUUUUCAGUGAUACCUCAGCUACCAAUGGAAACACUGGGCUAGUUCUUUGGCUUUGGAUUUUUUGGACAAAUCACAUUUGUUCCCUUAGAAAUAUAGAAACUUUGAGAGCUGGAAGUCAGCUGAAUACCGGGAAAUACCUUUUGAAGAAUGGGCAUGGCUCUUCACAUUCUUUUCUAAGGAAACAUGGAAAAAUGGGGAAAUGCAACCACAGUGACCGAAUUUGUGCUUGUUGGACUCUCUAAAAACUUCAAAGUUCGUGCUGGAUUGUUUGUCCUCUUCUUGGUUAUCUAUCUCAUUGCUGUAGCCAGCAAUGGCCUCAUAUUGGUGCUGAUUAUCAUAGAUUCUCACCUCCACACACCCAUGUAUUUUUUCCUCAGCAACCUCUCCUUUAUUGACAUCAGCUAUAUCACCACUUCUGUCCCACAGAUGCUGGUCCACUGCUUCAUGGACAGACCUACUAUCCCAUGGGGUAGAUGUUUUGCUCAGAUGAGCAUAAGUGGCUUAUUAGCUAUCACUGAAUCUGUUUUGUUAGCUGUGAUGGCUUAUGACCGUUUUGUGGCAAUAUGCUACCCUCUGCGCUACAACCAGAUCAUGAGUCGCAAUGUAUGCAUCCAGCUGGCUGUGAGCCUGUGGGCCAGCACCUUCAUUAUUACUAUUGUCCCCUUUUUCAGCAUGCAGGCAACUUUGUGUGGGCCAAAUGUGGUGAAUCAUUUCAAGUGUGAACUGCAGGCAGUGUUGAAAAUGGCUUGCUCUGAUACCCGUGCCAGUGGAAUUAACAUGAUAAUAACCAGUGCCAUUACCCUUGCAUUCCCCUUCUUCUUUAUCCUGGUGACCUAUGGCCGUAUUGGAUUCACUAUUUUGUGUAUCCAUUCGGCCCAAGGUCGGAGGAAAGCCUUGUCCACCUGUGGAUCUCAUCUCACAGUAGUGAGCAUAUAUUAUGGCACCAUCUUGGCCAUGUAUUUGAGGCCUCAAGCCAAGACGUUCUCUGAUAGGGAAAAAGUGGUGGCAGUCUUUUAUGGAGUUGUGAUCCCCAUGUUAAACCCCAUCAUUUACAGCCUGAGGAACAGGGAUGUGAAGGGAGCCUUCUGCAGACUGGCUGGGAAGAAAGUAGAGGACUAAACCACCCAGGAACCAGGUUGAUAGAUCUUCCACAAGCAAGUCUUUUUUAUAUAUAUGGUUUUGUCAUUCUAUAAGAGAGGACCUUGUGAAGUGUCAUUCUCCAAGUAUUGUCAUGUGUCACCUAGACUUCUCUUUCCUGGCUAAGGCUGAAGAAAGUUGUGGUAGCAGCAUUCUGAAGAUCAACCCUUGAGAGUCACUUUUGAGCUGUAUGGUCAUCAAAACUUCUCAGAACUCUUGACAUUGCAAGAAUAUGGCCUCCCCAAAAUGUUCUUUCUACCAGGUUCACCUAUUUUUUCAGUAUAGUGGAAUAAUUACUUGGUAAACAGCAUACUCUAUAUCUGUGUUACUUCAGAGAUAUAUGGUGGUACAAGCCCACAUUGACUAAUGGUGUCACCCACCACUGAUGUGAAGCUCCACCUUUUUUGAUGCAAAGAUUUGCAUUUUUACAACGAUUAAUUUAACAUUUUAUGUCCUUACAAAAAUGCUCAUUUUAGGUAUUACUACAUUAAAUGUAAAAUUAAAAAAUAUUUAAUUCAAACUAAAAUGAUAGUACACAGUCCUUCUUUUCACUAGACUAGUCAAACUCAAUUCCUGCAACUGUUCUUAGCCUCCAGCCCUCUAAUCAUCUUUGUUGCGCUUCUUUGCAAUCUUUCAAGAGCUUCAAUAUCUUUUUUUAUAAUAUGGUGACCAAAAUUGGAUGCAGUUUUCUGCAGUCUUACCUUUCGCUCUCCCUUUCUCAUGCCCUCUCCCUCUCUCGUGUAUUUAUUCCACCCACCAUUAGGAGCAUUGACUGCGGCAUAAUUAGACAUUCCCAAUUCCUGCAACUAUUCUUUAUAUGUUUUAGCCUCCAACCCCCUAAUCAUCUCUGCACUUUUUCCAGAGUCUCAACAUCUUUUUCAUAUUGUGGUGACCAAAACUGGAUGUAGUAUGACAAGGGUGGUCUUACUAAGGUGUUAUAAAGAGUACUAACAGCAAAGGUGAACAUUUUGCAGUUUAAAAGGUUGAGAUGGUGGUCAUGACUGCAUAAUUAACGCCCUGACUUUAGUACAUGUAUGAAAUAUUGACAAUACAUACAAAAGGAGGAAAGUUUUGAUACUAUGGUGAAAUGCAACAUCUUCAUUUUUUUUUAAUCUGCUCUUGUGGAAGGUAGAUUUUUAGAGCCACUUCUAAAUAUUCAACAUUCUCAGUAUGAUGUCUUCCAUACAUGCUGGAAUUAGAAUUCUCAGCAACCAGCCUGGCUAAUGGUUAUAUUGGCUGAGGAUUUGGGGAAAUGUAGUCCUAACACAAAAUGGAAGGUUGUUAAUGUUGGGGAAAGUCUGAGAUAAAUAUUCAGACAAACAAAAAAUCCUGAAGAUUCAGUCAGUCAUUUUAUUACAGUCUUAGACCAAUACAAUUUUGAUGGUCUCAUAGUCAUUUCCUAAAGUUUUAUUCUAUACCAGUGGUUCUCAACCUGUGGGUCGGAACCCCAUUUGGGGUCGAACAACCAUUUCACGGGGGUCGCCAAACAACGCAAUCCGCCACUUUUUUCCCCCUUUUUAUUAGCUGUGCUACUCC